AACGGCAAGCCGGAGGCGCGUGUUUACAUCUUCCUGUUUACGUUCACACAGAGUUUAACUUGUUGUAGCGACAUUAACAUCGUGUAAAAUAUAGUGAAGACCUGAGUUAGGUUGAGUCUAAAGUUCUGACGCAGAGGAAAAGUCGUUCAUACAAACUAACGACGGGCUCGGACGAAGUUAGCUGUGCAGGUUAGCCGCUAAGCUAACAGGUGUUCGCUAGCAGCUAGCAGGAGUCAGAACAUGGUAGUGCUGAGAGCUGGGAUGUGUCCUGGACUGGAGGAGGAUUUAAUACGAGACCUGCGAGCUGCUGACAUCAAAACAGUGGAGGACCUGGUCUCCUCCGACAUUGAGGAGCUGGCUCAGAAAUGUUCCGCGUCAUAUAAGGCUCUGUUUGCCAUCCGCCGAGUGCUGCUGGCCCAGCACGCUGCUUUCCCCGUGUCAGGCGCUGAUCUCUACGAGGAACUAUUGAGCUCAACAGCCAUCCUCUCCACUGGAAAUCCCAGCUUCGAUAAACUGCUGGAUUCGGGCUUGUAUACCGGGGAGAUAACGGAGCUGUCAGGAGGCCCAGGAAGUGGCAAAUCUCAGGUGUGUUUCGGUGUCGCAGUGCACAUUUCUCACCAGCUGAAGCAGAGUGUGAUCUACAUCGAUACAACGGGGGGGCUGAGCGCCGGCCGCCUGCUUCAGAUGCUGCAAACUGAAACCAGCGACACGGAGGCGCAGAUGGAGGCUCUCCAGAGGAUCCACGUCUUCCGCUCGUUUGACGUCUUCUCCCUGCUCGACUGUCUGCACGGGCUGAGCGGCGGCGGCCUUCAGCAGGCAUCAGUCGGCGGCGGCGGCUCGGUGAAGGCGGUGAUCGUGGACUCGGUGUCAGCCGUUAUCUCUCCUCUGCUGGGAGGCAAACAGAACGAAGGGAUGUCCUUGAUGAUACAAGUGGCCGGAGUUCUGAAGACGAUGGCGAAGGACUUCAACAUCGCAGCUUUAGUAACCAACCACGUGACCAGGAGCGGCGGGGGGGGCGAGCUGCAGCCAGGCCUCGGCGCGUCGUGGGAUCACAUCCCCAGAACCCGAGUGCUGCUGGAGCGGCUGGAGGAGGCCGGGGCUGCCGGCCGCUCCAGUCUGCGCUCGGCCACGCUGAUCAAGUCCUCCAGACGGCCGUGUUUCAUCAAAGAGCAGUUCGACCUGCAGUGGUGGAGUCGCUCUAGAGAAGGAACCUCUGGAAAGAGAAAACGGGACGAGACCGAUUCCUGACGAGAGCCAAUUAGAAUCCUCUAACAGAACAUCCCAUCACAGCAGGGAGGAAGGACGCGCCUCUUGCGGAUACAGUCCCAGAUCCAGCUGGGUGUGACUCUCUGGGCCGGGCUGUCCUCCUCGGGCUCGGCCAUGGUGUGCGUGGCGGAGGCGGAGUCGAAGUCCUCCACCACGUCCCCGUCGUACGCCACGAAGUAACGCCGCAGCUUGUGGAAGUCCUGCACGGAGACGGGCAGGAAGAGCUUCACGCCGCUGAAGAUGUCCAGCAGCGUCUGGAGGGAAGAGACAGAGCGGUCACGAGAAGAAACAGACUCCAGGUGAAUCGUCUCUAAACGACUGCCAGUUUUUAUAACGAGUUUUAUUUCAUCUUUAACUUUGUUUCAGGUUCUUGGACGAUGUGGAACUUUUUAAAUAACACAUCGGCUGAAAGACAUUUAAAGAAACUAUUGUAGGUAUUUCCUAAGGUGUUAUUAUCAAACCUUGAUGACAAGGAAAUGUAAUUGAGAUUUUACAGUUUAACAAGAAUAAUAUUUAAAAUAAAUUAUAAUAAAACACAAACAAGGUUUUUUAGAUUUUGUGGAAUAAAGUGAUGAGAAUGUUUUUAGUUUGAUUCCAUGUUGUUUUCCAGAAGGGACAUCAGAGGAAUCAAUGAGGAAUGUGGUGCAUUGUGUUAAUACUUUAAUAAAGAUCUAACAAAUAAUGUAAUAUUCAA